AUGGGUUCUAGAAGAUACGACUCGAGAACUACGAUUUUCUCGCCUGAAGGGAGAUUAUACCAGGUGGAAUAUGCUUUAGAAUCUAUAUCUCAUGCUGGUACAGCAAUUGGAGUGAUGGCAAAAGAUGGUAUCAUCCUCGCUGCAGAACGGAAAGUGACCAGUAAAUUGUUGGAGCAAGGCAGCUCAAGCGAGAAGCUUUAUAAGCUGAACGACAAUAUUACGGUUGCAGUGGCAGGUUUGACUGCGGAUGCCGAAAUUCUAAUAAACACGGCAAGGGUGUACGCUCAGAAUUACCUGCAGACCUAUAACGAGGAAAUCCCAGUUGAGAUUCUGGUGAGAAGAUUGAGCGAUGUCAAACAGGGCUAUACGCAGCAUGGUGGGUUGAGGCCUUUCGGUGUAUCUUUCAUUUACGCGGGUUACGACGAAAGAUACGGGUUUCAAUUGUACACCUCCAACCCCUCUGGUAACUACUCGGGCUGGAAAGCUAUCAGUGUUGGUGCAAACACUUCAGCUGCCCAAACGCUAUUACAAAUGGACUACAAGGACGACAUGAGCAUUGAGGACGCGAUGGAGCUUGCCCUUAAGACGCUUUCGAAGACCACGGACUCGAGCACUUUGACGCAUGAAAGAGUUGAGUUUGCCACCAUAAGCAAGCGGGCCGAUGGUAAAAUCUCUCAAAAGAUCUACAAACCACAGGAAAUCGAAACACUAUUAAGCAAGAUUGGCAUUACUAAGAAGGAGGAAGACUGA